AUGAAUGAGUCAUUUGGCACGGCGGAUCUGGAACAUAAAGGAAUUAGAGAAGUGUCGUUAUCGGCGACAUUGACGCAGAGUUCAGCGAUCGUCGCGGCCGCCGGAGCACGGUGUGACGUCACGCGCACGAUAGCCUUAUCGGGCCGCAACUCUACAUUUGCCGAGCGCCUGUCUCCGAGAGAACCUAAGACUGCGUCCGCGGGUAAACUAAUAAGUGUAAAGCGACGAGAUGACCCGCACCCGACCUUUAUCCGCGCUGAAGGUAAUCAUCAAAAGGCCGCCGUGCGCGCUUAUCGCACACACAUUAACGUCCCCGCUUGCAAC